CUUUGCUUGACUGGACUUCUGGCCGCGCGGCUGCACGUGUUCUGCGAUGCACGAAGGGUUUUGGCUCGUUCUGCACAGGUGUGUGUCUGCACAGAUGUGUGUCUUCACAGAUGUGUGUCUUCACAGACUGCUCUGUUCGCCUAAGGUGACGUAAUAACGUGUCGUUACGAUCAGAAGAGGAGAACCACGUUUAUUCGUGCUAGCUAACAGGAGCUAGCGUUAGCUGAGCCGGGAGCGCACAUGCGUCGUUUGAGACCCGGACAGUCAUUUGAUUUCCUAAAUGACAAACACAAUGGAUUACCAGUUCCCACAGCAGCUGUUUCCUUCUUUCUACAACUGCGGGCCGCCGGACGCGGUCCUGAGACACUGCGGUGCCGGGGACUGGGGCUGCUAUGACCGCGUCGUGCCUCAGGGCAGCUCAGGUCCCCUCUCCAGCUGGACGUUUACAUCCAGACAUCAGGCCAGAGGGGAGACGUGGCGUCACACUGAGCCGGUACCCGUUCCUCUCAUGUCUCCUAAAAGCACUGUUCUUUGGCCUUCGAAGCCUCCAGACCCGCUGGACUUCACAGAACAUAUACAGAACUUCUUCUUGGACCACUGCCAGGAUGCCUUUGGGUGCAUGGGUGAAAUUCUGAGCGAGAACUUCGAACAAGUACAGAGAGAGAGAUACGGCAAAGAGUCUGUUUACAACGUGAGAAGCGCCCUCGACAUGAUGAAGUUUAAAAUGUGCCCGCUGUCGUACUCCUCCAAAUCUCUGGACGUGUAUAGCGCCCUGCUGUCGGACGUGGUGCCCGCCGUGCCCACCGAGCUGCUCGGCUCUCUGCUGCACGAGGAGCUGACGGAGCAGAGGGACCGCGCCCUGUUCUCCGAGGGGGCCACAGGGGGGGCCCUGGCCUUCGUCCCCUUCUCACAGAGCGGCAGUGACCCUCAGCGCGGCUGCCUCCUCUACCCUGGAAACCAGGGCCUGGACCGCCUCAACUUCCACAGAGUAGAGCUGCAGCACCACAGAGGAGGUUCCUCCAGUGUGGACGCCAGCAGCAGUGACCCGUUUAGCUUCCAGCUGAAUGGCCCCAUCAGACAGAUCAGCUCUACCUCCAUGUUCAACGACUGUUGCGUCGCCGUGCGGUCCGAUCGACUGUGUGGAGUCUGGCGGUUCAGUGAACAAAACAAGCCUCGUCUGCUGCAAGUUGUCAACACCGGAGAGGUCGCGACCUGCGUCAGCGUCAGUCCUCACGUCUUAGGUGAAGUUCUGGUGGCGAGUGAGAGUGGAGCAGCAAACCUGUGGAGCGUCGGCAGAGGGAUGCAGAAGGUCCGGGAGGAAGACGCCAACCUGUACUUCAACGCAAAGUCGUCGUGGCGAUGGUGCGAGUUCUCCGCCCACCCGAGGGUGAUGGUGUACGCAGACAGGACGGGGGUGGAGCUGACGGAUAUCAGGGAGAGUCCGGUCUCGAGUCACACUCUGUUCAGUAUCAGCAACACCCCGGAGUGUCGCAGUGGGGAGAGGCUCAUUCUGUCCAGAUAUCUGGGACACGUCCACACCUUCCAGCACAUCGUCACCACUCAGUACUCGGCCUACAUCAUGGAUGAGCGCUUCCCCUGCAUGCCCAUGCUCAAGUGGGAUCACAUGAUGAAGUCCCCUCCCAUGUUUUGUCUUGCUGUGUGUGGCUCCGCCUCCUCUGGCUCCACAGUGGGCGGCGCUAGGACCACUAAGGUGCUGCUGGGCUCUCAUAACUCCCAGGAAAUCACACUGCUGCAGUACUCAGGAGGCAGAGCGGAGGCCUCUUCCAGUCAAGGUCCUCCUCAGGCGCUGCUCAGACCCAGAGACAGUCUGAAACACCUUCCUGUCCAGAUCCCUCACCGCCUGGACCUCGCCACCAGCAGGUUGUCCUCACCUGCUGCAGGUCUGACUUGUAUCCAAAAGAGAGGAGGAAGAGAGGCCGGUGGGGAUGAGUGCAUCUGUAUCCUCCAGCUGACGGAGGCGGGGGACAUUUUCUACCAGACCCUGGAGCCAGAGCAGCCGGACACCUCUAGACCUCCAGCAGCAGAGGACCAACCGCCGCCACAACCGGCUCUGAAAGAAACCACAACUUCAGGGGGGAAAACCGCUCAACAGCUUCGACCACCGCAUCCUAAACUGGUUGUAUCGGACACGUCGAGCGACGAGGACGUAAUCGGACCGACCCAGGGCCCGAAUGUGCCGAGGUUCGUGGCUGAAACACCAGAGAGGGACGUGUACUCUGACUCUUCCUCUGAGGAUUUAGAGCCCCGAGGGAGAAGUCGUUUACCGAAGCAUUUAAGGCUGGAAGUCAUCGUCAACGAAGAUCCAGAGAUGGAUGGAGUGAGCGGACCGGAUGCAGGUGUGAAAGAUGGAGAGGGAUGUAGAGAUAACCCAGAGGAACCCGGCGAUGUGGAGGUAACUGGCGGUGGAGGCUCCAGCAGCUCGGGUCGCGCUGGUCCUGCUGAGCGGCCAGUACAGCUCAGCGAUGGAGUUCUUGUUACGUGGAAACGUUGGCUCCAGAAGUUGGUGCAGAAGAGUCGCAAGAAGAAGCCCCGUCCACGCCGCCCACAGCACCUCACGGUCAAAACCAAAGACCUCCAGCUACCGGUCAACGAGGCGAAAGAUCCGACAGAAGAGGAGCGCGUGCAGAGCCUGAGGAACGAUCUGAGAGCGUGCAUGUCCAAGGGCUCGCUGCUGGUCCACGGUGCCGUCUCCGCCCCCCUUCAGGCCCCAGCCUUGGUUACAGUUCCAGACGAGGUGGAUACAGAAGUAUGGAUGGACGAGAUCAGCCAACGCCUGACCGUCUCCUGGCAGGGCGAGGGGGCGUGGCGGGCAUGGUGGGAUGAGCAGCUCGGGCUGAACAGGGAGGAGAAGGUGACGGCUCUGAGGAGGAAGAGGAGGAGGGAGAAGGAGGCGAAGAGGGCUACGGGCCGACGCUUGGAUCUGGUGGGGAGCUUCGCCUCGUCCCUCAGCUACCAGUCCGGGCUGAGCGACUUCUCCGACUCGAUGGGCUGGUCCUCCGCAGCGAGCCAGGGGGCGCCGUCGGACAACGAAGGUUAUCUGUCCCAUCUGGAGGGCUUUCUGGAGAGCGGGACGCCGAGAGCCACGACACCCACCACACCCUCUGCCACACAGACUCACACUCCAGCUGCCACACUGACCACCACACCUCAGAGUGUUAGGUACACACAAGGUGACCAGCAGACUCCCGGCAGCACCAUCGCACUCUCCCAGACACCAAAACAUGAAUCCACACUGGCCAAUCAGAGGAGACGCAAACGUCCAGCAGAGGACUACCUCAGAUCUCUGUUUGCAUCACAGGAUGAGCCCUCGCAGCAUGACAGUUAUUUCCCGGAUGGGGAGAGCACCACGCACCACCCACCUCCCCCCGUUGCCCCAAACUCCUCCCAGAGGAGCCUCCGGACGGACCUGUCCCAGGAGGCCCACCUCUGGUCGGGUCUCUCCCAGUCUCUGCCUUUUUCCCAGAGCUCACAGGGUCGACCGGGGCCGUCGCAGCUCAAGAUGAAGAAGAAGUCUCGGAUGGGGUUUUGAUCGUCACACUGAGGGGGGGACUGCAUCGUUAUGAAUACACGCUGUGUUCUUAAUAACUCAGGAAAACCAAAACACGAGGCUGGACUGACCAGACUCAAACUGAAAGGAAUGGGGGUUUUUUUCUGAUCGUCGUCGUCUUCAGCUACCUCAGGAUUUAUGAAAUGGAUUUACACUGGUAUUAUUCACUGGGAUUGUAUGUUCCAAAAAUAUACAUGCAAACUGGAUCUAAUGGGGGAGGAUUAACAGGCUGCAUGUUGGAGUGAUCCCCAAGGAUGUCUGCAGACUGCAGGCCGAAGAAGACUGACUGCAGACCAGUCUGGUAGGACUGAAUGAAAUUUAUAUUGUUUUGUGCCUUUUUGCUUGCUGAAGUGAUAAAGCGCGAGUGUGUGUGAUGAAAGAUGAAUAAACUGCUGGAGGCCGCUGCUCGGCAACAUUUGAGACUUUUGCAACUUUAGAGUCUGAGAUAGAAGAUUUCAAAAUUAAAGUUAAAAGUAGCGACAUUAAACAAUGAUAACAGUUAGAACAAAAGUAAAACUGCUCUUAUUUGGAGUAAAUUAAAGGAAUCAUUCUUCCUGUUGCUGAAAGUACUCAAAUAAGACCUUUUUAGGAACAUCUACAUCCUGGGACUUGCUGAUUGUGUGCGUAUGUGUUUUGUUAGAAGUGAGAUCUUCUUUUUACAGUGUCUGGAUGGUUUGACAUUUCUCUUCAUCGGUUCAGUUUCUCGGAACUCACUCAGUUGUAUAUUGACUUUGAUAAAUGAGAGUAGACCUUACUUCUCUGUAAUAAAACUUAACAACUAGA